CGUUACUUUGCGUACGCAUAGUUUUUAAGCUACCUUCUCUGGGUUCCGAUCUUCGCCUGUUUUUUUCCGAACAAACAGUAUCCGUCCUCCGUGAAGCACACGCCGAGAGGACUUUCCAUUCUUUUAAAGAAAGAAACCCGAGUACCAAACAACAGCCAUGACUGAGGCAGAGGUGAACCCUAAGGCCUACCCUUUGGCCGAUGCUACGCUGACCAAAACCAUCCUGGAUUUAGUGCAACAAGCCGCCAAUUACAAACAGUUGAGGAAGGGAGCCAACGAAGCCACUAAGACGCUGAACCGUGGUAUCGCCGAGUUCAUCGUGAUGGCAGCAGAUGCAGAGCCGCUGGAGAUUAUUCUUCAUCUGCCUCUACUGUGUGAGGACAAGAACGUGCCGUAUGUGUUUGUGCGUUCCAAGCAGGCUUUGGGUCGAGCGUGCGGCGUAUCCAGGCCGGUCAUUGCCACUUCUGUCACCAUUAAGGAAGGCUCCCAACUCAAGCCUCAGAUUCAGUCUGUGCAGAUGGCUAUUGAGAGACUGCUGGUGUGAUUUAGACUCUGAGAGCCUGUUAGUUUGGAUGCUCACACCAUCCUUUUUUUUUUUGGUUUGUUUUUUAAAUACAAGAGGUUAAUUAUGAGUCUGUUCGGAUUCCUGUACUUCAUUGGAAAAAAAAGCUUGGACAAGGUCUUGUGCUUCAGUUUCAUUUUGUAUGUGUGAGUUUAGAUUGAGGUGCUCCUGGGAUUUAAGAAACCCUGUCAUCAUUCAGGCUUGAGAUGCCCAUAGCUGAUGCUUAGCUUUUAUUUUAGCCGAAUGUCAGCAUCGGUCACGUCACUGUUCAUAUUGACAUGAAUUUUCAUUUCUUUUAUUUUUUUUAAAUGAAACGAUCUGUCUGACGGAAGGUUUUGUUUUUACUUUCAUAUUAGCAUCAAUGCUAAUGCUAAACUGAAUAGAAAACAUACUGCGUGGAUUUAAAUGUACUGGGAAAUGAUUGCUCAUUUUUCAAAGUUUUCAAUAAACAAAAGGGUUUCCCUG